CAGCUGUUCCUUGCAAAACGUAAACAAAUCGAGUACAAAGUGAUUAAACGCCUUUUUCCGCUGGUCGUGGCUCGUGAAAAUUGCCUGCAUAACUGAUAAAAUUACCUAAGCAAUCUAAUCGAGCUGUGAAAAUUUGCAAAAUCUCUGGAGGGUUAAAGUCCAGCCAAUUUAGCCAGGAAACACCAGCGUUGCAUCAGUACGCACUUACAGCGAAUACCUAAGGCUGUGUGCGUGUGUCCGUGUGUGUUGUGUAUGCGUCUGGUCCCAAAAGGUCACCUUGAAACGUCAAAAGCAAAAGCGAAACUUGUGAAUACCGCUCGGGAAUAUAUAUUGGCUAGUAACUGAAAAGCCACGGAACAGAGCGGAAAGGAACAGUAGAGUAUUAAUAGCCAGUUUGGAUAUUAAUUACACUUAACCAUCUCCAGCUCCUGCUCGGUUAUUAAAUUAAUUAAAUAGUUUAAAUUUAAUAAAAAAAAAAAAAAAACCGACCAAACCCUAAACUUGAUUAUCCUCCGAGACCCGACAGAGUGUGCGCGUGUGUGCGGGUGUGAUUAUAUCCGUUACUGUUCAAGAUACAGAUAUAUAUUUAAAAAAAAAACAGAAAAAAAAUUAGUCAUCAUGAAUUCUGAAAUUAAUCAACGAUUCCUGGCGCGUGGAUCGCAGAAGGACAAGGGAUUGGCUGUCUUCACCAGCGGCGGGGAUUCCCAGGGCAUGAAUGCCGCUGUACGAGCCUGUGUUCGUAUGGCCAUCUACCUCGGCUGCAAGGCCUACUUCAUUCGCGAGGGCUACCAGGGCAUGGUUGAUGGUGGCGACUGCAUCCAGGAAGCCAACUGGGCCUCGGUGUCCUCCAUUAUUCAUCGUGGUGGCACCAUCAUUGGCUCCGCCCGUUGCCAGGACUUCCGUGAGCGUGCCGGCCGACUAAAGGCUGCCAAUAAUUUGAUCCAGCGUGGAAUUACCAACUUGGUGGUGAUUGGUGGUGAUGGUUCCCUCACCGGCGCCAAUCUGUUCCGUCAGGAGUGGUCCAGCCUGUUGGAGGAACUGGUCAAGAACGGCACCAUCACCCCCGAACAGCAGGAGAAGUUCGGUGUCCUGCACAUUGUGGGAUUGGUGGGCUCAAUCGAUAACGAUUUCUGCGGCACGGACAUGACCAUUGGUACGGAUACGGCUCUGCACAGGAUUAUUGAGGCUAUCGAUGCCAUUUCCAGCACUGCCUACUCCCAUCAGCGUACAUUCAUCAUGGAGGUGAUGGGUCGUCAUUGUGGUUAUUUAGCUCUUGUGGGAGGACUGGCGUGUGAGGCGGAUUUCAUAUUCAUUCCCGAAAUGCCGCCCAAGGUCGACUGGCCAGACAGGCUCUGCUCCCAGCUGGCCCAGGAGCGCUCGGCUGGCCAGCGCCUGAACAUUGUUAUCGUGGCCGAGGGUGCCAUGGAUCGGGAGGGACAUCCCAUCACCGCCGAGGAUGUCAAGAAGGUGAUCGAUGAGCGUCUGAAGCACGACGCCCGUAUCACUGUCCUGGGUCACGUGCAACGCGGAGGCAAUCCCAGUGCUUUCGAUCGUAUUUUGGGCUGCCGCAUGGGUGCUGAGGCCACUUUGGCUCUAAUGGAGGCCACCAAGGAGUCAGUGCCAGUGGUAAUUUCCCUCGACGGCAACCAGGCCGUACGUGUGCCCCUGAUGGAGUGCGUCCAGCGCACCCAGGCCGUGGCCUUGGCCAUGAAGGAGAAACGCUGGGCGGACGCCGUCAAGCUGCGUGGCCGCUCCUUCGAGCGCAACCUCGAGACCUAUAAGAUGUUGACGCGCCUGAAGCCCCCCAAGGAGAACUUUGAUGCCCAAGGCAAGGGCAUCGAGGGCUACCGCCUAGCCGUGAUGCACAUCGGUGCCCCGGCCUGUGGCAUGAACGCCGCUGUCCGCAGCUUUGUGCGCAAUGCCAUCUACCGUGGCGAUGUCGUCUAUGGUAUCAACGAUGGUGUGGAGGGUCUCAUUGCCGGAAAUGUCCGCGAGCUGGGCUGGUCGGAUGUCUCUGGAUGGGUGGGCCAGGGUGGCGCCUACUUAGGCACCAAGCGCACCCUGCCCGAGGGCAAGUUCAAGGAGAUUGCCGCUCGCCUCAAGGAGUUCAAGAUCCAGGGUCUCCUCAUCAUUGGUGGCUUCGAGAGCUACCAUGCCGCCGGACAGAUUGCCGAUCAGCGGGACAACUACCCGCAGUUCUGCAUCCCCAUUGUGGUCAUUCCCUCGACCAUUUCGAAUAAUGUACCCGGAACAGAGUUCUCUCUGGGCUGCGACACCGGUCUGAACGAGAUCACCGAGAUCUGUGACCGCAUUCGGCAAUCCGCUCAGGGCACCAAGCGUCGUGUCUUCGUUAUCGAGACAAUGGGUGGCUAUUGCGGCUACCUGGCCACUUUGGCCGGCUUGGCUGGUGGUGCUGAUGCCGCCUACAUCUACGAGGAGAAAUUUUCCAUCAAGGACCUGCAACAGGAUGUCUACCACAUGGCCUCCAAAAUGGCCGAGGGUGUGGCACGCGGUCUCAUCCUGCGCAACGAGAAGGCCAGCGAGAACUAUACCACGGACUUCAUUUACCGCCUGUAUUCGGAGGAGGGCAAGGGCUUGUUCACCUGCCGCAUGAACAUUCUGGGUCAUAUGCAACAGGGUGGUUCCCCCACUCCCUUCGACCGCAACAUGGGCACCAAAAUGGCAGCCAAGUGCGUGGACUGGUUGGCCACCCAGAUCAAGGCCAACAUCGAUGCCAACGGUGUCGUCAACUGCAAAUCCCCCGAGACCGCCACACUUCUGGGUAUUGUGUCCCGCCAGUACCGCUUCUCGCCGUUGGUGGAUCUCAUUGCCGAGACCAACUUUGACCAACGCAUACCCAAGAAGCAGUGGUGGCUGCGUCUCCGUCCCCUGCUGCGGAUCCUGGCCAAGCACGAUUCCGCCUACGAGGAGGAGGGUAUGUACAUCACCGUCGAGGAGGAGUGUGACACCGAUGCCGUCGCCUAAGAGUAUCGUCAUCGCCUGUUGCGCCUGUUCCCCUGGCGCUGCAUCCUGUAUCUAUCUGUGUGUCUGUACCUGAGAUACAGUCGCACCACAUCGCUCGCAUCUAUGUUCUCCUUAUCGCACUUCUCGAAUCAAUGUCUCAAUAUUUGCUUCUUGAGUUGUUGUUUUAUUUUUUUUUAUAAUUUCCUUGGCAUCCUCACACCUGAAUCCGAUCCGCUUAUAUGGUUUGACGUAAGAUCCGCAAUAAAAAAAAAAAGAGGAGCUCCAUGACAGAAGCAGCAGCGGCAGCAGCAGCGCCCCGACCCACAGCCGCCCCACCAUCAUCAGCCACCCAACCUCCCGCCACAUCCAACAGAUGCCUACGAAAGUAUAUUUCAUCGUUUAUCAGACGCAUUCACGCACAAAAUACAUAAAUUAUUUAUAUUGCCCGCCAGAUGAAUUUUCUGUUCGUCAUUUUGUGUUCUUACUCUUUCGAUAUUUCGAUCUUUCGACUAUAAUAUUGAAAUUAUUUGAAUCUCAAGCCUCGAAAGCCGUUAAUCAACUAUUGAUUCUACAUUAUUGCAGCUGCUACCAAGUGACUACAAAACUGUUAGUGUGUGGAAUAUAGAACCAUUAUCUAAAUCGUAAAUUGUUGGUUGUUGUUCGCAUCCAAAUUAAAUGUUAAAGUAUUUUACACAAAUUACCGCGUCGACGGAACAAAUAUUCAAUCUGCAACUGUUUUUCGAGUAUUGUUAUCGAAAGAAUCAAAUGAUAUAUAUUUAUACCGACGUGCUAAAUACAUAAUCAAAUGACCUCUAGGCACUUAA